AAUAACAAUGUCGUCAUUUCCGGUAUCAUGGCCACCAAAACACCAAAACAGGUGCAAGAAUUUCUCAACUCGGUCUAAAACUGGGUUUCAUGGAUCCGCUGAAUCUUUGAGGUGCCACCUCGGCUUUUCGGAUCUUUAAGAUCCGACUAUGGUGCGGCAGAUUGCACCAAUUUGUGCGUUUGCGUUAAAAUAUGGCAUUUAAGUCCUUGUUCGUCAUCAGUUGGUAGUUAGCCGUAAACUUUGGCUUGCAGACAAGCACUAUGCAAAGAUCAUUUUAGGAAAAAAGUUUCUGCAAAGGGCAACUAAUGAAGCAAACACUACCUAUUAUGAACCUGGUAGUAUUUAACUCAGAUUAUCAUUGAUAUUACUCAUGGCUAGCAGUUCUGGCUCUAAUGCAAAAAUGUCCAGUCCAAAUGUCAGCACACCGGCGAUGACAGUGAGCCCAGGGGCCGUGGAGCAGAAGACGAGCCCGGUGUUAUUUGAGAUUUACGGAAAGAUCUGGAACGUGCAGGCUCGUUUGGGUCAGGGCGUCUCUGCCUCGGUGUACCGGGUGAGCUCCGGCAGGGCGAGUUCCGCAGUGAAGGAGUUUCAGGCGGACGCGCAGGGUGGAGAUUACGGGUACAUCAAGGAAAGCUCUGUGCUGGAGAAGAUUCAGGGACAUAAAAAUAUCGUGACACUGUAUGGAAUGUUCACCAAUCACAACCCAUUCGGUGUGGACGCUCAUUGCCUGUUGUUGGAGCUUUUGGACGUGAGUGUGUCAGAAUUGCUGGUCAGAGCGAGUAAUCAGGGACACUCCAUGUGGUUGAUUCAGCACUGUGCCCGUGAUGUUUUGGAGGCCCUUAGCUUCCUGCACAGAGAAGGCUAUGUACACGCUGACCUCAAGCCCCGCAACAUUCUCUGGAGCGCUGAUGACGAGUGCUUUAAGCUCAUUGACUUCGGCCUUAGCUUUAAAGAGGGACACCAGGAUGUGAAGUACAUCCAGACAGAUGGAUAUCGGGCACCUGAAGCCGAGCUGCAGAACUCAUUGGCCCAGGCAGGUCUGGAGAGCGACUCUGGCUGCACAACUGCUGUGGACAUGUGGAGUCUGGGCAUCAUUCUUCUGGAGAUGUUCUCAGGAAUCAAACUAAAAGAAACUGUGAAGUCUCAGGAAUGGAAGGAUAACAGUUCUGCAAUAGUAGACCAUAUCUUUUCAAGCAAUGCUUUGGUUAACCCGCCUAUCCCUGUCUAUCAUUUGAGGGAUCUGAUCAAAAGUAUGCUUCACAAUGACCCGAAACUUAGAAGCACAGCUGAGGCAGCACUAAUCAACCCUUUCUUCAGCAUUCCCUUCGCACCUCAUAUUGAAGAUUUGGUUCUUCUGCCUACAUCUGUCCUGAGACUACUAAACGUAAUAGAUGACAGUCACCUGUAUAAUGAGGAUGAGUAUGAAGAUAUAGUAGAGGACAUGAAAGAAGAAUGUCAGAAGUAUGGCACGGUUGUAUCCUUAUUGAUCCCAAAAGAGAAUCCUGGAAAAGGACAGGUGUUUGUGGAGUAUGCAAAUGCUGGAGACUCUAAAGAAGCCCAAAGACUGCUGACAGGCCGAACAUUUGAUGGCAAGUUUGUGGUUGCUACGUUUUAUCCACUGAGUGCCUAUAAGAGAGGUUACUUAUACCAAACUGUGCAGUAAGGCUGCACACACAUCUCCACACAAAAAGUGUAAAUUACCUUACAAUCAUGUGACUGCUUUUAAGCUCAUGUUGUGUGUAUUAAUCUAUUGUGCUACCUUUAAUAUUUACUUGUGUCACUAAGAUCAAAAUUGUUGUGAAUAUAGGCACACAUGCAGUUAUCCUGGGUGUAACAAGGAGAAAAGUUUUAGUGCCUGCUUCCUACUUUUUUACUAAAUGAUCACACCAUAAUAAGAUGAUUAUAUUUGCAGUGUGAUAGCUGGUUGCCAGAUAUUUAAUACUUAUGCUUCCAUACUUUGUCAUUUUGAUUAUUUAAAUUUUUUUUGCAGUGGCCUUGAUGCUCUGCUUUAGUUUACACUGCC